AUGCUGACUUCAAAAUUGGCAUCUCUCACCAAACGCCUUGCUGUGUUUGGUUCUUCGCGUUAUUUUACUUCCUCUGGACAGUGCUUUAGCAAAGAAUGUGGAAUAAUUAAUAUACAGGAUCCUGUUGACUUUAUCAAAAAAGUCACUGAGAACGAACUUCCAGUCCUCGUUGAUUUCCACGCCUCAUGGUGUAACCCGUGCAAGAUGCUGGGACCAAGAUUGAAUGGUGUCAUGAAAAAUCACAUGGAUAAGGUCCUCCUAGCCAAGGUUGAUAUCGACUCGUUGGAAGAUCUAGCUACCAAAUUCAAGGUGGCGGCUGUUCCAACCGUAGUCGGGAUGCGUGGCGGCAAGGAGGUGUCCCGAUUCACCGGCCUGAAGGAGGAGGCCGAAAUUGAGAAAUUCAUUCAGGAGCUAUGCAGAUAA